UGGGGGCGGGGCGCGGCGCGGAGAGGGGAGCGGCCGUUGGCAAGCGGCAGCGGGCACCGGCUGCGCGAGCAGGUAGCCGCGACGGAGGUAGCCAGGUCGCCCCCAGGGGGCGAGCUCGCAGGCGGGGGCUCCGGCCCGCCGCGCCCCGUGCUGCGGUGAGCACUCGCGAUCGCUGCACUUGUCGCCGUGCCAGCCCCAGGCAGCCGCAGCCGGCUCUCUCCGCCCCGCCAACCCGGGCCCUACCUGCGGCCGCCGUCGGGGGAGGGGGUCCCCCCAGCUCUGCGGAGCCGCAUGAACAAUAGGCGGCGGCGGCUCCUGCGGGCGGCGGCAGCCCCGCACCCUAUGGAUCGGCCGCUCCAUGGAGCCCUCCAGAGCGCUUCUCGGCUGCCUGGCGAGCGCCGCCGCUGCCGCCCCGCCGGGGGAGGAUGGAGCGGGGGCCGGGGCCGAGGAGGAGGAGGAAGAAGAGGAGGAGGCGGCGGCGGCCCCCGGGGAGCUGGGUUCCGACUCGGCGCUGCCCUACUGGACCGCCGUGUUCGAGUACGAGGCGGCGGGCGAGGACGAGCUGACCCUGCGGCUGGGCGAUGUGGUGGAGGUGCUGUCCAAGGACUCGCAGGUGUCUGGCGACGAGGGCUGGUGGACUGGGCAGCUGAACCAGCGUGUGGGCAUCUUCCCCAGCAACUACGUGACCCCGCGCAGCGCCUUCUCCAGCCGCUGCCAGCCCGGCGGCGAGGACCCCAGUUGUUACCCGCCCAUUCAGUUGUUAGAGAUUGAUUUUGCGGAGCUAACCCUGGAAGAGAUUAUCGGCAUCGGGGGCUUUGGGAAGGUCUAUCGUGCUUUCUGGAUAGGGGAUGAGGUUGCCGUCAAAGCAGCUCGCCACGACCCCGAUGAGGACAUCAGCCAGACCAUAGAGAAUGUUCGCCAGGAGGCUAAGCUCUUCGCCAUGCUGAAGCACCCCAACAUCAUUGCCCUUAGAGGGGUGUGUCUGAAGGAACCCAACCUCUGCUUGGUCAUGGAGUUUGCUCGUGGAGGGCCUUUGAAUAGAGUGUUAUCUGGGAAAAGGAUUCCCCCAGACAUCCUGGUGAACUGGGCCGUGCAGAUUGCCAGAGGGAUGAACUACUUACACGAUGAGGCAAUUGUCCCCAUCAUCCACCGCGACCUUAAGUCCAGCAACAUAUUGAUCCUCCAGAAGGUGGAGAAUGGAGACCUGAGCAACAAGAUUCUGAAGAUCACUGAUUUUGGCCUGGCUCGGGAAUGGCACCGAACCACCAAGAUGAGCGCAGCAGGGACAUAUGCGUGGAUGGCACCCGAAGUCAUUCGUGCCUCCAUGUUUUCCAAGGGCAGUGACGUGUGGAGCUAUGGGGUGCUGCUUUGGGAGCUCCUGACUGGCGAGGUGCCCUUCCGAGGAAUCGAUGGCUUAGCGGUCGCUUAUGGAGUGGCCAUGAACAAGCUCGCCCUUCCCAUCCCUUCUACAUGCCCAGAACCUUUUGCCAAACUCAUGGAAGAUAUUGGCUGGAAUCCCGACCCCCAUUCACGACCAUCCUUCACAAAGUAUCCUGGACCAGCUAAUACCAUAGAGGAGUCUGGUUUCUUUGAAAUGCCCAGAUCCUUCCACUGCCUGCAGGAUGACUGGAAUGAGAUUCAGGAGAUGUUUGACCAACUCAGGGCCAAAGAAAAGGAGCUCCGCACCUGGGAGGAGGAGCUGACACAGGCUGCGCUCCAGCAGAAGAACCAGGAGGAGCUGCUGCGGCGCCGGGAGCAGGAGCUGGCCGAGCGGGAGAUCGACAUCCUGGAACGGGAGCUCAAUAUCAUCAUCCACCAGCUGUGCCAGGAGAAGCCCCGGGUGAAGAAACGUAAGGGCAAGUUCAGGAAGAGCCGGCUGAAGCUCAAGGACGGAAACCGCAUCAGCCUCCCUUCUGAUUUCCAGCACAAGUUCACGGUACAGGCCUCCCCCACCAUGGAUAAAAGGAAGAGUCUCGUCAACAGCCGCUCUAGUCCUCCUGCAAGCCCUACCAUCAUUCCUCGCCUUCGAGCCAUCCAGUUGACACCAAGUGAAAGCAGCAAAACCUGGGGCCGGAGCUCAGUUCCCGAGGAGGAAGUGGAGGAGGAAGAGAAGAGGGCCCCCAAGAAGAAAGGACGGACGUGGGGGCCGGGUACACUUGGUCAGAAGGAGCUUGCCUCAGGAGACGAAGGAUCCCCUCAGAGACGUGAGAAAGCUAAUGGUUUAAGUACCCCAUCAGAAUCUCCACAUUUCCACUUGGGCCUCAAGUCCCUGGUAGAUGGAUACAAACAGUGGUCGUCCAGUGCCCCCAACCUGGGGAAGGGCCCGAGGAGCAGCCCAGCCCUGCCAGGGUUCACCAGCCUCAUGGAGACGGAGGAUGAGGACAGUGAAGGCCCACGGAGUGGGGAGAGUCACCUACAGCAUUCACCCAACCAGUCCUACCUCUGUAUCCCGUUCCCUCGUGGAGAGGAUGGGGACGGCCCCUCCAGUGAUGGAGUCCACGAGGAACCCACCCCAGUCAACUCAGCCACCAGUACCCCUCAACUGACGCCAACCAAUAGCCUCAAGCGGGGUGGCACCCACCACCGUCGCUGUGAGGUGGCUCUGCUUGGUUGCGGGGCUGUUCUCGCAGCCACAGGCCUAGGGUUUGACCUGCUGGAAGCGGGCAAGUGCCAGCUGCUUCCCCCGGAGGAACCUGAGCCGCCGGCCCGGGAGGAGAAGAAGAGGCGUGAGGGUCUUUUUCAGAGGGCCAGUCGUCCUCGCCGGAGCACCAGCCCCACAUCCCGGAAGCUCUUCAAGAAGGAAGAGCCCGUGCUGUUACUAGGAGACCCCUCUGCCCUAACACUGCUCUCCCUGUCCUCCAUCUCCGAGUGCAACUCCACCCUCCUGCUGCGUUCCGACAGUGAUGAGAUCAUGGUGUAUGAGAUGCCCGUCAGCCCAGUUGAUGCCCCACCCCGGACCCCCUGCACCCACAACCCCUUGGUCAAUGUCCGAGUAGAGCGCUUCAAGCGAGACCCUAACCAAUCUCUGACUCCCACCCACGUCACCCUUACAGCCCCCGCCCAUCCCGGUGGUCACCGGCGGACUCCUUCAGAUGGGGCCCUCAAGCCCGCGGCUCUCCUCGCCAGCAGGAGCCCCUCCAGCAAUGGGUUGAGCCCCAGCCCUGGAGCAGGAAUGUUGAAAACCCCCAGUCCCAGCCGAGACCCAGGUGAAUUCCCCCGUCUCCCUGACCCCAAUGUGGUCUUUCCCCCAACCCCAAGACGCUGGAAUACACAGCAGGACUCUACCUUGGAAAGACCCAAGACCCUGGAGUUUCUGCCUCGGCCACGUCCUUCUGCCAACCGGCAACGGUUGGACCCUUGGUGGUUUGUGUCCCCCAGCCAUGCCCGUAGCGCCUCCCCAGCCAACAGCUCCAGCACGGAGACGCCCAGCAACCUGGACUCCUGCUUUGCUAGCAGCAGCAGCACUGUGGAAGAGCGGCCUGGACUUCCAGCCCUGCUCCCAUUCCAGUCAGGGCCACUGCCCCCCAGCGAGCGGACGCUUCUGGACCUGGAUGCAGAGGGCCAGAGUCAGGACAGCACUGUGCCUCUGUGCAGAGCUGAACUGAACACACACAGGCCUGCCCCUUAUGAGAUCCAGCAAGAAUUCUGGUCUUAGCCUGUAGAGGAUCAGGGGUGGGCAAGGAGGAAGCAGGAGGAUAUGGGGGCGGGGGGAGCUGGCUGGCACAGCCCUUUCUCAGAGUUGGAGCCCCUGAGAUCCAAUCCUACUUCUUGCACUGAUAAUGCACUUUGAAGAUGGAAGGGAUGGAAGCAGGGCCACUUCAGAGGGUCUCUUGCCCUGCAGGGCCUUUCUACCCAUGUCCACUGGAGGGGCUGUGGAUAUCAGCUCUGGCUUUCCAGGGGAGGGAGUGCAUGCAUGUCCCCCACUCUCCACAGUCUUCCUCGCCUUUGGGGUGACCCUGCAGUGUCACUCAGCCAAAUAUGUCUGCUGCUCCCUCUCCUAAGCCCCCUGGGUAUGCCCAGAGUCUGUCCUGGGGUCCCUCUGUUGGCCCUGAUUUCAGCCUUCCCAAACACCAGUAUUGGAUGUUCUGUGAUUGAUUUUGCUCCUCUUCCACAUUCUUCCCCAACACCCAUGAAUCCGAAUCUUGUUUGGUGUGAGAUAAGAGCUUUUCUGUGUCCUAAGUCCUUUUCAUGUUAGCUGGAGGACUGAAGGCAAGGUGCCCCAGUGUGGGGCAUGGGAGUUGAUAGACUUGGCACUACCUACCUGCACUUCCAGGUGCCCCACUUAUUUAUUUGAGCCAACCAGUGGUAGGGGGAGUUGCCUCAGAACUGGGGGGAGGAAAGGGAGUUAGGAAAAAUACACUGAGUUUCAGUAAAGAGGGUAGCAGAAUCUGUCUGUCUAUUCUUGUUCCUUUCUGAAAAACUCAGAAGGGAAGAAACCAGCACUUGUUGAUGGUACCCAUCUCCUGCCUGGGGUCCGAACAUGGUCAGACCAGAUUCUGAUACAAAUAUAUGCUCAUUUGUGCUCGCUUUGGCAGCACAUAUACAAAUAUAUGCUCAUCCCAUGAAUAGUUUCUUGGGAUGCCAGAGAUGAAGUUUCUAUGUUUGUCCCUUUUGUUGUCUGAUCUCUGUGUGUUAUUCCCUUCCGUUGACCUUUCCUGCAGCCCCUGGAAUUAGUGGACUUUGAGUUAUAGGUAUCUCUGCAUUGCACCAGAAUAGCCGAUGGGGUCGGGGUAAGGGGUCCUGGACACUGGGCGUUGGAACUGUGGGUAUUCCUUCUCAGCCAGGCUAUCCAUUCUGUGAUACCCUUGAAGUAAAACGGAGCCAUUAGUAUUACCUUCCUACGUGGAUGUGGUGAGGCGAUGAUGUUUGUAAGCUGUUUAGUGAACCGCUGCUGUACAAUAACCUUCAAGUCUCAAGCACUGGACACUGACGAAGGCCUCCUGUCUCUGCGCACAGAUAGCCCCUAAUGCCGGGCUCUGGACCAUGAGCUAGGUAGUAAAACAACAGUGGCCAACUCUGACUUUGCUGGAAUUUGUUUCCUUAAGUAGAAUGUUGAGCUUCUUCUGGAGCUUUCUCAUGUGUAUCUUCACUAUUCCCCUUCCCCUGAGGCCUCCUGUGUCAAGUGUGAACAGUUGUCUUUGGGUGGGAGUAACAAUUUGAUGGGGAGUAGAGGGCUUAGGUCUUGCUCCUCUCCCCUCAACACUCUCUAAAUGUUGCUCCACUGUCUUUUAUCAUGGAAUAUUUCUCUGGAGAUGUUGGAAGCCAACCUGCAGAUUCCUUGAAUUCUGGCAUUGCCUGAAUGCCAGCAUAGGGAAAGCAGUGAAGCAGAUACAAGUGAUGGAUGGUCACUGCUCUCACUCUGGAACUAUGGUAGACAUCCUGCCCUGGGAAUGACAAAAGGGAUGACCUUGGUUUUCAGAUCGUUCCUUGUUGGUUCAAGGGCCCCAGCUAGUCUUGGGUAGGGAGAUUAUGUUUGCCUCUCAUGUCCCAUUCCUCAGCUAAGCGGGAAAAAUGUGAAUCCUGUUAGCAGUUUCAGCAAACCAAGUGACUUCCUCUUCAUUCUUGGUGGGGAGAGGAACACGGAUGGCCUGUUCUGUGCCCUCUCCCUGGACUCUCUAUAGCUCCAGCCCCUGAGCCACUAACACACUGUAAACGUGUGGCCCCACUCAAUGGCGCUCUGGUGGGGUACGGCCUACAGCGUAAUAUAAACCGUGCUGGCUCUGGACAGUGCUCUCUGAUAUCAGGCAGGGGGUUUUUCCUUUGCUCAUUUCCUACUUUUUGUCAUUUUGUUAGGUUGUACCCAUCUCUCUUGGAAGUGGUAUAUAACUGAAGUAGCGUAAACUGAAUGACGGCCACUUGCCAUUGAGUGAGAGGUUGAACCCAGUUCUUACUCCUCCAUCCAGGGAGACGACAAGGGAAACCUGGGUCUGUGCUAAGGGAAGAAUUAUACCUGCAGAAGGAAGAAGCAGGAUUGUUCUGGAAAUGCUUCUGUGAGUUUCCCUGAAGAAGAGGGAACUUUCCACUCCUCCAAACCCAGUCUCAGGGGCCCCUGCUUGCCACUCUCUUUCUCUGUAGGGCAAGGUCGGGGUGGGAUAUGGAUCCUGUAUAGUAACGGGAUUGAGUUGCUUUCUGUCCACCCAGGUUCCCUUGCCUCUGCUCAUGGUCAGGCGCAGGCCUUGAAGCUGGGGAUCAACCUCUGCAGCGGUAGUAGCGGCCUUCCUUUUCCCUUCUCUUUCUUCAGAGAUUCUUUCCCUUGCUCUUGGCAGGUGCUCACUAUGUGGAAGAGGGUGAUAGGAUCCCUUGGCUCCUUCCACUGAUUCUAAACAGGAUUGUCCUCUGUUUAUCCCCUUGGGC